AUGGGGGAAAUGACUGGUAUUACACCACCUUGUAUGGACUGGAAGUCCCAAGAUCCUCCAUCAUCCUUUCAGAAUUUUAGACAAUAUUGUGAAGUAAUUUUCAAAGGUCCAUUAUCAAAGAAAUCUGAUGAAGAGAAAUGCAAUUAUACUCUCCUGUGGCUAGGACAAGAAGGGAUACAAGUAUAUAAGUCCUGGGCUAAGGAAUUCAAGAUGCCUGAUGAGAUUUUUGAAGCUUUCUCCAAACACUUUGAGCCUAAAUCAAACUUCCGUGUGAGUAGAUUCAACCUCCAGAAGUUCAGACAAGAUCAACAUGAUGAUUUUGUGGCCAGGUGUAAACUUCAAGCAAGGAAGUGCAAGUUUACAGAUCCUGAAAUGGAAGAACGUCUCAUCGAACAACUCAUCAUUGGUACCAAGCAUGUCAAGGUUCAAGAGAGACUCUUAGGAAAGGACGAGACACUCAAGCUGGAUGCAGCACUUGACACGGCUAGGACACAUGAAGCAACAGAAAGCCACAUGAGCAUGAUGAAGGCUGUUGGGAACCACAAGUUGAACAUGGACACAGUUCGAAAGAAAACACACACCGAAGGUAAGUGGCAGAAGAAAUGCCAAAACUGUGGUAGAUCUCAUCCGAGUAAGCAGUGCCCAGCAUAUGGUACCCAAUGUCGUGGAUGUGGAGGACACAACCACUGGCAGAAGCGUUGCAGGAAAUCUUCCCAAGGAAAGAAAACCACCUCGGGAAAAUCAUAUCAGAAGAAGCAACAGGGUGAGAAGUAUGAGAUGGGACCAAAGAAAUACCAAGGUCGCCAUUCAUCAAAGCAAGUCCAUGAAAUGCAAGAGGAUGAUUAUCCAGAGGACGAGAUUGAAGUAUGCAGAUUUGAGACAAUUACUAUCGAUUACAUUGAGAAGGAUGAAGCUUUUGCAGACAUCGAUAUCAUGCUUAAGCCAAAGAAACCAGCAGUCCUAAAGGUUAAAGUGGAUACAGGAGCCCAAGGAAACCUCCUACCUUUACGUCUGUAUAAGCUAAUGUACACAGACAGAGUGGGCAAAGAUGGCCGACCACUACCUGGGAUGCUCAAGAAGACAAGGACAAUAGUUACAGGAUAUGGCCAGAAGGUUAUACCAUUGUUCGGAAUCCACACAAUCACAUGCAUGCGAGGCAACAAGAAGAUUGACGCGAGAUUCUAUGUGGUGGAUGCUGAUGGACCAGCCCUAGGAGGAUUGCCAUUAUCGCUGAAGUUGGGUCUUGUGAAAAUGAACUGUGAGGUGAAGGAGUCCUCAGACUGCACUAUCACAGACAAGGAGCAGUUGAGAAAACUCUACCCUGAUCGAUUUGAAGGCAUAGGACAGUUCAGUGGAGAAUAUCACAUAGUCAUUGAUAAAGAUGUACAGCCUGUCAUUCACCCUGCAAGGAGAUGUCCGAUACAUAUCAAAGAUGAGAUAAAACAAGAAUUGGACGAGAUGGAGAAACUAGGUGUGAUAGAGCCUGUUUUCGAUCCAACAGAUUGGGUAUCAAGUUUGGUUUAUGCCCAGAAACCAAAUGGACGUUGGCGUGUAUGUCUGGAUCCCAAAGACCUCAACAAGGCAAUCAAGCGAGCGCAUACUACAAUUCCUAACCUAGAGGAGAUAAAACACAAGUUUGCAGGAGCUCAGGUAUUUUCAACGCUCGAUGCAAAGCACGGAUACUGGUCAGUAAAGCUGGAUGAUGAGUCAAGUAAUCUUACUACCUUUAACAGUCCAUUCGGCAGGUACAAAUUCAAAAGACUUCCGUUUGGAUUGUCUGUAUCCCAGGAUAUAUUCCAGCAGAAGAUGGACCAGAUACUAGAGAAAUGUCCGGGGGUAAUAGGCUUAGCUGAUGACGUCGCCGUCAUUGGAGCAAACUCAGAAGAGCACGACCAGAAUCUACACCAUCUCAUGCAAGUAGCAAGGGAACAUGGUCUAGUAUUCAACAUAGAGAAGUGUAGAAUCAAGAAGGACCAGAUCCGAUUCUUUGGAUUGAUUUUUGACAAGGAUGGUGUUCACCCAGACCCUCGGAAGACUGCAGCCAUUGAUGCCAUCAAGGCACCAGCAAGUACGAAGCAGUUACAAGAGUUCCUCGGAAUAGUGACCUACAUGUCUCCAUUUAUCCCAACCUUGCAACACAAACAGCUCCACUUAGAGAGUUGA